AUGAAGAUAGAACUGUGUUUGUUCCUCAUCGCAACUGCUCAGGGCGCUCCGAGGGUAGCGUCGAGGCUCGCCGAGGCUGAGAACUGGUAUCGCGCAAACCUCACGCGACGUAGCGGGCAGCAGCACGUCGAAGUUGUCAACACGAUCGACACAGGGUUGGCCCCACCGGGGUUCGUGAACCCGAAUUCGUACUUCGCUCCUUUGCUCUUCCCCGUGGUGCCCGCCGGAGUGCAUUUCCAAACUCAAGAGCUCACUGCAGUGCAUCAUGAGCCUACGCAUCUGCUUCAAGUUCAGCACACGCCGGUGAAUUUAUUCACCUACGCACACCAGAAACCACCCUCGUUUCUCCAGCAGGCUCCCCGGCCUCUGAGUUCGAUACCCGUGGUUGUGGACCCGGUGGCAUACAACAGCCGAUACGAUGUCGAGAACCUCGAAGAUGAAGUGAUCAUAAAGGAGAGAGUCCUUCGCAAUCUGAUAGAGGGACGAUUCAAACGGUACAGAGGGGCGCCCGCUGAAGCCGAAAGCAGGCAUCAUUAUUCCAGAAAGCGGAAAUUCUACGCCCUCCCCCCGACGAAAUCGGCGAAACCCAGGAAAUCAGGCAGGACAUCCAAUGAAGACGAAGACGAGUUCCAGAGCCCGUCCCCAUCAGAAAUUUCUUACACGGCCAGGAAGGAGCGCAGAGAUAAUCAACUCUACUCAUUCAGAACGGACAGAGUCGCUAACGGUAAUAUUGUUGAAGCCUCCAACUCGGAGAUGCCUCGACUGAGAUCCCCGAAAUGCGCGCGCUGCAGGAAUCACGGUGUUGUGUCUUCCUUGAAGGGACAUAAGAAACUCUGCAGAUGGAGAGACUGUCCUUGCGCCAAUUGUCUCCUCGUUGUGGAAAGGCAGCGCGUCAUGGCAGCCCAAGUUGCGCUUCGGAGACAGCAGCAGGCGGCCGAGAACGCGGCGAAAGCGAUGAAACGCCUAGCCGAAGAUACCGCAGUUGAGGAUCGAUGGAAGUCGGAACGAGGCCCCGAUAUGCAUGGUCGAGGCAGUCCUGUCCGCUCAAAUAAUCGUCAAAUUCCUCUUGAUCUCUCAACAGCCGACGGAAGCCCCAUACCCUUUCCUCUACUGCCGCACGCCGCUUUCAAAGAGACCCCGAGCCUCUUCACCGCACCCUUCUUAACCCCUGAGCAGUUGAAUCUCAUGAUCCUCACUCAGGCAGCGAUGAGACAGCGUGCAGAAGGCCCAAACCCUUUCUCCAUAGAAUCCUUGCUGACCAGAAGCUGA